AUGUCAAGGAACCCGGGGCUGCGUCACGAGGCCGCGGGCGCACGCUCAGUCGCAGCCGACAUGUCUGCGCGUGCGCCCGCCAGCGCCAGUGUGUUCGUGAUCACCACCGCGCUCGCCGCCGCCGCGAUACUACCACACGGAGAUGACAUCGUGUGUGUUAAGGAUGGUCUGAGAGCGGACUACUCGACGGAGUGCCAGGAGUACGUGCGCUGUUCGGAGGGAGUAGUGACACAGCGUUACGCUUGCGGGCCGGGACGUGUGUUUAGUGAGAUAGCCGGAGCGUGCGUGUUACGUAGACGACACUCCUGUACGCGCCGGGUCUGCGCCCCAGGGGAUACCCUCGCCUACGCUACCCCGGCGACCGCUUGCCGACACUACUACCGCUGUGAGAACGGAACGGCCAUCGAUCACGCCUGCCCGCCCGGCUCCUGGUUCGACUUAGCUCGGCAGGCCUGUUCCCGCGGGGCCGGGACGUGCUAUGAACCCGUCUGUGCAGGACUACCGGACGGCGUCUUCCCGGACACCUCUCACGAAUGUCGAAGGAAACUGAAAUGCCAGGGAGCGGAACUACGCGCCGUCAGCUCGUGUGUAGGAUCGUGUUCAAACAACUGUCCUCCGCCACGAUCCGCAGCUAUUCCGUUACCGGCCGGAGACGCAGACUUCUGUUCGGAUGAAACUUGUUCUUCAUUCUGCCAACAAAAGGCGAAUGGAGCUUACGCGGAUCGAUCGACCGGUUGCCGGGAGUACUUCGUGUGUGAAUCACGACGAGUCAUACGGCGAGGAGUCUGCGAGCCUGGACUUUUGUUUUCUGGGAGCGGAUGUGAGCCAGCAGCUCAAACAUAUUGCCCGCCUCCUGCACGAAGUCCUUGCUUUAAUAGACAGGACGGCCUAUACAGGGACUGGAUUGAUUGUUCAUCUUGGUACGAAUGCUACCGUGAGAGAGUUACCGCUCGAGGCACUUGUGAAGCGAACUUUGUGUUUGACGGUUUCGGUUGCGUUCCGAAAGGGGAUUUCUUCUGUCAAGGCCCCGAAAUAGCUUCAGAAUGCGAAGGCAUGCCUAGCGGGACGUACCAGGACCUAGGAUCGAACUGUACCAGAUACUAUCACUGCGAGGGUUCGUUACGUACGAUUCUAUCCUGUCCGGAAGGCCAGAUUUUUGACGGAGCAAGGUGCUCCCCAGAAUCUCAGUCCUUGUGUCCGAGCCUAGAACCCGAUUCGUGUUACGGUCGUUCGGACGGCAGGUACCGCGCCUCGGACACUGGUUGUCGCGGUUUCUACACGUGUGUCAAUGGCCAGAAGGCGGUGUACGCAUGUCCGGAGGGUAAAGCAUUCGACGGUGACACGUGCGUCUCAUCUCACCCUUCAGUGUGUCCGAAAGAAGACUAUUCAUGUUCCGCUCUCUCGGACGGAUAUCAUGCAGAACUGGAGUCUAACUGCCGCAGAUACUUCUACUGUGAGGGCGGAGAUCGUUUAGCGACAAUGUCCUGCCUCGGCGGCAAGAUAUUCGACGGUCACACGUGCGUUGAACCGUCACACCACAUCUGCGGAGCUCCUAGGAGGAGUACUUACGAGAACGGCGGCAAAAACUGCGAAACUGACGGUUUCUUCGUUCAAUUGGGCACUGAGUGUAAAAAGUACUAUUUCUGUUUGACCGGCAUCAGAACGAACUUAUCUUGUUCGUCAAGACAAUUAUUCAAUGGACAAGUCUGCGUUCCCCAAGAACAGUACACCUGUCCAGGCUGA